AGAUAACAUACUCCUGGCUGCCGUUGCAGUGCAUGCACAGUGGUUGUUGGAAUAACUACUUUUCAUCUAUCUAGCCUCCCCGGUGGACAUCGUUCUUUGAUCUUCUGUGGCCAACUCAAUCGAGGACCAUGAAGAGUAGUUCGAGCCUCUACUCGAAAAUACUCGUGUGGGUAUUCUAUCUGCCCGCCAUUCUUCUUCUUCUCCUUCCGUCGAGGGCCGCCGCGUUGGAGGAGAAUUGCACGGAUUUCCAAGGAGCGAUCGUUCGACACGGUCUCCUUUAUGUACCAGGACCUGCGGUUUGCAGUCUCUGCGUCUGUUACCAUUCGGAACCAAUGUGGUGUCAGUCCAUCUUCUGCACACCACCUUACAGAUGCAAGAAGUUUCGGGUCGGCGAACGAUGCUGUGAAUUCGAAUGUCUGGACGAUAUUGAUACGAAUUGGACAGGGCCUGAUCUGAUUAUUGCAAACGGUUCCUCCAGGAUUCAAGAACAAGGAAUAUUCUGGCUGAUGAGUUUAAUAAUGCUGUUAAGAGCGUUCUAAUUUUUUAACGAGGAUCCAGAUGGCGUCGUCGAUGGAAUUCGGUCAUUAUGGAAUACCACGGCGAAUAUGGACCAGUAAAGGAUUAAAGAAGGUACGAUAUAAUAUGAUGAUGAAAUAUCGCGUUUGUACCUGUUGAUUAUACCUCGAGAAAUAACGUGCUAUAAUUAUGAAAGUUUCUUGCAAAUUUU